GACCCCUCCCCAUGGUGUCAAAGGGCACGCACGUCAUCAUUCAAUUGGUGGAAGAGCUAGAGGACGACCGCUGGGAGGCCAAGAUAGUGGAGCAGAACGGCAACAGGAUCAAGCUGUCUGUCAACUCGCAUGCCAAAGCUGUGAUUGGCCAGUACAAGCUCACCGUGAUGGUGAAGUCUCCAAAGGGCGAGUGUGCAACCACACACGACCCCAGCAAAGACAUAAUCAUGCUGUUCAACCCCUGGUGUGAAGGUAAAGACUGUUGGGAAAUGAGGGAGGAAGGAAUGAGAGAGAAGGGGGAGAAAAAUAAAUACUGGGAGACAAGGUUUGCACGUUUAGGACCAUACCAUUGCCACUGAAGUGCUAACCCCACCCCCCGUGCUCACCUAAAGUGUGUCACAGCGGGUCAAACAAAGAUAUUAAUUUGUAUCACAGUUCAGCUUCAAUGCUGUAUAUCAGUUUAAUGUUUCAAUGUUGUUAUUCCAUUGCAAUAGGAACAGACCCAUGGCCCCAACCAAACACCAGGAACAAGUGACAGAUCACAGAGUAGACACAGAGCUCAAAAGAGCUAUGGUUUAUACACUGAGUGUACAAAACAUUAGGGACACCUUCCUAAUAUUGAGUUGAACCCCUUUUUCGCCUCAGAACAGCCUCAAUUCAUCGGGGCAUGGACUCUACAAGGUGUCGAAAGCGUUCCCACGCUGGCCCAUGUUGACUCCAAUGCUUCCCACAGUUGUGUCAAGUUGGCUGGAUGUCCUUUGGGUGGUGGACCAUUCUUGUUACACACGGGAAACUGUUGAGUGUGAAAAACCCAGCUCGUUGCAGUCCUGACACACUCAAACCGGUGCGCCUGGCAACUACUACCAUACCAAAGGCACUUAAAUCUUUUGUCUUGCCCAUUCACCAUCUGAAUGGCACACAUACGCAAUCAAUUUCUCAAUUGUCUGCUUAAAAAUCAUUUUUUAACCUGUCUCCUCCCCUUCAUCUACACAGAUUGAAGUGGAUUUAACAAGUGACAUCAAUAAGGGAUCAUAGCUUUCACCUGGAUUCACCUGGUCAGUCUAUGUCAUGGAAAGAGCAGGUGUUCCUAAUGUUUUAUACAUUCAGGGUAUAACGGAGGCUGGCUCUAGGACUGUACUCUAUUUAGCCUCUUGGUCUCUCAGAGUAGUGCUAAUGUAAAUUUGCACAUAGGCGGGAAACUCAGCUCACUGCCUAAUAAUGUGCUGCUAUCCAUCAUAAAGUUACAGCUUGACCCAGUGUGACCCAGAACGUUUGUUUCAUUGUCUGGAUGCACGUCAAGACCACACGUACAUUUGCUUGGGACUCUGGUCUUUGCCAAUUGGUAUGUUGGCCUGUUGGCCUGCUUGGCCUGUUUUCCCUUAUAUUGUUAUAUUGUCUUUUCAAUCAAUCCUGUAUUUUUAGGUCUCUGGAGUUAAAACAUGAGAACUUCUGCACAAUUACUGUACAACUGCCCAGCGCUGUAGGAGUAUAUGACAGUAAUACAGCAGCUGGAGGCAAUCUGCUCUCCCUCUCUCUCGCUUUUGCUCUUUCUCUCUCUCUCUCCCCCUUUCCCUCUCUCCCUAUGUGCCAUGUAAAGCCAGCCAAAUCUCAGCUGCUAGAUUCUGUCAAGAGGUCGAAUCUAUACUGUACCUCCUCCCUUAAAACUUCUACACAACCUCUGCCAUUCCUCCCUCCCUGCUUGCGAUUCUACCUCUCCCUCUUUGUAGCGUCCUCUCCCUCCACUAGUUUGUGUAGUCUUUUUCUACCUCUUCUUUCCUCUUCCUUCCCACGUCCCAUCUUGACCACUGCUCCCAACCAUAUCGUUGAACCUCUCUGCCCCUUCUGCUAGUUCUCCCUCCCUCCGUCCCCCCUAGGUUUUUCCUCUGCCUCCCUUCCUUCUAGUCCCUCCUCCCCACAGCUUUCUCCUGUUUCACAGUGUCUCACACAGAUAAUCACGUCCAUGUGGUCAGUAAAGACAAUAAACUGAUGGAAAAGAGAGAGCCAGAUAUUCCCAGAGGGUCCUUACUCCACCCUGGGGUAUAUUAUCCAUUUAGAAGAUUGUCACACAAUUCAGCCCUUUUCCUCUAAAUGAGCCAGGCCACUCAAUGAGCUCCAGCCAUUGUGCUAGCAACAGUUAAACCUAUUCUGGCCUCUAGUACUAGUAAACUCUCUCCCUGCUUUGUGAAGUCCAGACAUUUAGCUAGUAGUGAUUAACCCUCUCCUGGCUACACUGACUCUCCCUGCUCUGUAUGGUCCAGAUAUUCAGCAAAUAACAGUUAACCCUAUCCUGGCCUCUCUGUCUGAUUCUCCCUGGUGUUUAUCAAAAGAGUCAUUUGUGGCUGUCUGAUAUCAGGCAGAUAUGACUGUGUUGUGGACUUUACAUCAGAUGACAUUUCAGAAAUGUUAAGAAAAACAGAAAUAAUUUUUGCAAUGGAUAACUGAUAAAUGUAUACCUAAUCUUUGUCCCCCUUCCCACUCCCUCUAAGAUGACACAGUGUACAUGGAUGACGAGGAGGAGAAGAAGGAGUAUGUGCUGAAUGACACAGGAAUACUCUACUACGGCACAGAGAAACAGAUUGGAGGUCGCACAUGGAACUAUGGACAGGUAUGAGACAGGGAGAAAAUGUAAAAUCAAGUGUGGUUGCGAUGAAAUCUUUCUGCAAAUUCAAGUCAUUCUGAAAACCACAGUCAUUUAAGUCAUUUAUUAACCACAGAAUAAAAGUCAUUUAUUCAUUGUUUUGACCCCUAUCAUGUCUUCCAUCUCUCCCUCCCUGUAUGUUUCCCCCACUCUGUGCUGUUCAGUUCCUUGAGGGGAUGCUGCAGGCCUGUUUAUAUUUGCUGGAGAAGAGUGAGAUCCCUCCGUCUGGUAGAGGAGACCCUGUCAAUGUGGUCAGAGUCAUAUCUGCAAUGGUGAGUUUCCUGUCAACUUAUAUGACAUCCAGUAGUGAACGUACAACUUAUUUCUCAUACUCCACAUACUUUUCCGUGUAUUUAUACCUGGCAUAUGUUCAUUGAUCUGAAUUAUGUUUAGGUAUGUUGAUGUUAACUUCACGACCAUUACUGUAACAUUAUGGUAAAAAAUAAUGUGUUCUCAAUAACCUACCUGGUUAAAUAAAAACAACCACAUGAUUCUGUAUUUUAUAUUAUUGAAAACAAAACUGACUCUCUCUCCCUUUGUUGCGUUCCAGAUCAAUUCCCCAGAUGACAAUGGGGUCCUGGCAGGGAAUUGGUCAGGGAACUAUGUAGGAGGAGUUUCCCCUACAGCGUGGAAUGGCAGUGUGGACAUCCUGAAGAAAUACCACAAGGAGGGAGGCCUGCCUGUCAAAUAUGGACAGUGCUGGGUCUUCUCUGGGGUCACCACCACAGGUGUGUGUGUGUGUGUGUGUGUGUGUGUGUGUGUGUGUGUGUGUGUGUGUGUGUAAAAUCAAAUCAAAUCAAAUUUUAUUUUCACAUGCGCUGAAUACAACAGGUGUAGACCUUACCGUGAAAUGCUUACUUACAAGCCCUUAACCAAUAAUGCAGUUUUAAGAAAAUAUUUACUAAAUCAAGUGAAAAAAGUAACACAAUAGAAUAACAAUAAUGAGGCUAUAUACAGGGGGUACCGGUACCGAGUCAAUGUGUGGGGAUAUAGGUUAGUCAAGGUAAUUAAGGCAAUAUGAACAUGUAGGUAGGGGUAAAGUGAAUAUGCAUAGAUAAUAAACAGCGAGUAGCGGCAGCAUAAAAAAAAUGCAAAUAGUCAGAGUAGCCAUUUGAUUAAUUGUUCAGCUGUCUUACGGCUUGUGGGUAGAAGCUGUUAAGGAGCCUUUUGGACCUAGACUUGGUGCUCCGGUACCGCUUGCCAUGCGGUAGCAGAGAGAACAGUCUAUAACUUGAGGGGAUGGAGUCUUUGAAAAUGUUUAGGGCCUUCCUCUGACACUGCCUGGUAUAGAGUUCCUGGAUGGCAGGAAGCUUGGCCCCAGCGAUGUACUGGGCCGUACCCUCUGUAGUGCCGAGCAGUUGCCAUACCAGGCGGUGAUGCAAGCAGUAAGGAUGCUCUCGAUGGUGCAGCUUUAUAACUUUUUGAGGAUCUGGGGAGCCAUGCCAAAUCUUUUCAGUCUUCUGAGGGGGAAUAGGCGUUGUCAUGCCCUCUUCACGACUGUCUUGGUAUGUUUGGACCAUGAUAGUUUGUUGGUGAUAUGGACACCAAGGAACUUGAAGCUCUCGAACCGCUCCACUGCUCGGCCCUCCUUUUCCUGUAGUCCACGAUCAGCUCCUUUGUCUUGCUCACGUUGAGGGAGAGGUUGUUGUCCUGGCACCACACUGCCAGAUCUCUGACUUCCUCCCUAUAGGCUGUCUCAUCAUUGUCAGUGAUCAGGCCUACCACCGUUGUGCUGUCGGCAAACUUAAUGAUGGUGUUGGAGUCACGCUUGGCCACGCAGUCGUGGGUGAACAGGGUGUACGUGAGGGGACUAAGCACGCACCCCUGAGGGACCCCCGUGUUGAGGAUCAGCGUGGCAGAUGUGUUGUUACCUACACUUACCACCUGGGAGCGGCCCGUCAGGAAGUCCAGGAUCCAGUUGCAGAGGGAAGUGUUUAGUCCCAGGUUCCUUAGCUUUGUGAUGAGCUUUGUGGGCACUAUGGUGUUGAACGCUGAGCUGUAGCCAAUGAACAGCAUUCUCACAUAGGUGUUCCUUUUGUCCAGGUGGGAAAGGGCAGUGUGGAGAGCAAUUGAGAUUGCGUCAUCAGUGGAACUGUUAGGGCGGUAUGAGAAUUGGAGUGGGUCUAGGGUUUCCGGGAUAAUGGUGUUGAUGUGAGCCAUGACCAGCCUUUCAAAGCGCUUCAUUGCUACAGACGUGAGUUCUACGGGGAGGUAAUCAUUUAGGCGGGUUACCAUGGAGUUCUUGGGCACAGGGACUACAGUGGUCUGCUUGAAACAUGUAGGUAUUACAGACUCGAUCAGGGAGAGGUUGAAAAUGUCAGUGAAGACACUUGCUAGUUGGUCCGCCCAUGCUCUGAGUACACGUCCUGGUAAUCCGUCGAGCCCCUACGGAGAGCGUGAUCACACAGUCGUCUGGAACAGCUGGUGCUCUCAUGCAUGCUUCAGUGUUGCUUACCUCGAAACGAGCAUAGAAGGCAUUUAGGUAAACUGGUAGGCUUGCGUCACUGGGCAGCUCGCGGCUGGGUUUCCCUUUGUAAUCCGUAAUAAUUUGCAAGCCCUUCCACACCAGACGAGCAUCAGAGCCGGUGUAGUAGGAUUCAAUCUUAGUCCUUUAUUGACGCUUUGCCUGUUUGAUGGUUCGUCUGAGGGCAUAGCGGGAUUUCUUAUAAGAGUCCGGAUUAGUGUCCUGCUCCUUGAAUGCGGCAGCUCUUUAGCUCAGUGCGGAUGUUGCCUGUAAUCCAUGGCUUCUGGUUGGGAUAUGUACAGUGCCUUGCAAAAGUAUUCAUCCCCCUUGGUGUUUUUCCUAUUUUGUUGCAUUACAACCUAUAAUUUAAAUUGAUUUUUAUUUGGAUUUCAUGUAAUGGACAUUCACAAAAUAGUCCAAAUUGGUGAAGUGAAAUGAAAAAAAUAACUUGUUUCAAAAAAUUCUAAAAAAUAAAUAACGGAAAAGUGAUGCGUGCAUAUGUAUUCACCCCCUUUGUUAUGAAGCCCCUAAAGAAGAUCUUAUGCAACCAAUUACCUUCAGAAGUCACAUAAUUAGUUAAAUAAAGUCCACCUGUGUGCAAUCUAAGUGUCACAUGAUCUGUCACAUGAUCUCAGUAUAUAUACACCUGUUCUGAUAGGCCCCAGAGUCUGCAACACCACUAAGCAAGGGGCACCACCAAGCAAGCAGCACCAUGAAGACCAAGGAGCUCUCCAAACAGGUCAGGGACAAAGUUGUGGAGAAGUACAGAUCAGGGUUGGGUUAUAAAAAAAUAUCCAACACUUUUAACAUCCCACAGAGCACCAUUAAAUCCAUUAUAAAAAAAUUUAAAGAAUAUGGCACCACAACAAAUCUGCCAAGAGAGGGCUGCUCAUCAAAACUCACAGUCCAGGCAAGGAGGGCAUUAAUCAGAGAGGCAACAAUGAGACCAAAGAUAACCCUGAAGGAGCUGCAAAGCUCCACAGCGGAGAAUGGAGUAUCUGUCCAUAUGACCACUUUAAGCCGUACACUCCACAGAGCUGGGCUUUACGAAAGAGUGGCCAGAAAAAAGCCAUUGCUUAAAGAAAAAAAUAAGCAAACACGUUUGGUGUUCGCCAAAAGGCAUGUGGGAGACUCCCCAAACAUAUGGUAGAAGGUACUCUGGUUAGAUGAGACUAAAAUUGAAACAUUUCAAUGUCUUGGAAUGGCCUAGUCAAAGCCCAGACCACAAUCCAAUUGAGAAUCUGUGGUAUGACUUAAAGAUUGCUGUACACCAGCUGAACCCAUCCAACUUGAAGGAGCUGGAGCAGUUUUGCCUUGAAGAAUGGGCAAAGCUCCCAGUGGCUAGAUGUGCCAAGCUUAUAGAGACAUACCCCAAGAGACUUGCAGCUGUAAUUGCUGCAAAAGGUGGCUCUACAAAGUAUUGAAUUUUGUCUUAUUUCUUGUUUGUUUCACAAUAAAAAAUAUUUUGCAUCUUCAAAGUGGUAGCCAUGUUGUGUAAAUCAAAUGAUACAAACCCCCAUUUUUAUACCAGGUUGUAAGGCAACAAAAUAGGAAAAAUGCCAAGGGGGGUGAAUACUUUCGCAAGCCACUGUACGUACGGUCAAUGUGGGGACGACAUCAUCGAUGCACUUAUUGAUGAAGCCGGUGACUGGUGUGGUAUACUCCUCAAUGCCAUCGGAUGAAUCCCGGAACAUAUUCCAGUCUGUGCUAGCAAAACAGUCCCGUAGCUUAGCAUCCACAUCAUCUGACCACUUUCGUAUUGAGCGAGUCACUGGUACUUCCUGCUUUAGAUUUAGCUUGUAAACAGGAAUCAGGAGGAUAUACUUAUGGUCAGAUUUGCCAAAUGGAGGGCGAGGGAGAGCUUUGUACGUGUCUCUGUGUGUGGACUAAAGGUGGUCUAGAGUUUUUUUUCCUCUGGUUGCACAUGUGACAUGCUGGUAGAAAUUAGGUAAAACGUAUUUAAGUUUUCCUGCAUUAAAGUCUCUGGCCACUAGGAGCACCGCUUCUGGAUGACCGUUUUCUUGUUUGCUUAUGGCCUUACACAGCUUGUGUGUGUGUGUGUGUGUGUGUGUGUGUGUGUGUGUGCGCGCGUGCGUGUACAUGUCUCUGUGCAUGUGAGUAUUUUGCAUACCUAGACACAUUAACAAUAUCAUUAUCCAUCACAUCCUGUUAUGUGUCUAGUCUGUCAUGCUUUUCUAAUUAGUUUCUCUCUGUAACAGAACACCAUUAAACUGAGUGCAUGCCAGGGUGGCCCUCACUUAGUAGCUGACCACAGAGCAGCACAUAGCAGUGCCUCUGAUAGGGUCCCACACCUGAUAUAUCUACCCAAAAUACCCCGACAGCAUUCCUCUCAUUCCUAACACUUUCGUCACAGACACACAGGCACAUUUGUUGGGCCUUGCAAGCCUGUAUGAUCUCUCUCUUUUGCUUGCUUUUCAUAUCUGUGUCAAUUUUGUUCAUGCCUGGCCUCAUUUUUGCACCUCUCUCUCUCUCUCUCUCUCUCCCUCCCCCUCCUUUUCAUUUUCUCUCCAUCUCUCAGUGCUCAGGUGUUUGGGUAUACCGUGCCGUAGUGUAACCAACUUCCAGUCAGCCCACGACACAGACGUCUCACUCACCACAGACGUGUAUUUUGAUGAGAAUAUGGAGCCGUUGGAGGAACUCAACGCUGACUCUGUUUGGUGAGUUAUCAUCCACUUUAAGUAGGGCCUGGUGUAUCUAACCUGUCACAGGUUUAGAGUUUGCGACUUUAAAUACCCAUUGCCUUGCCACACAAAUCAUACUCUAUAAAAAAAGCCCAGGAAUUUUUCCUGACCAAGUGACUGGAUCUGGAAAAACACCAGGCUCUAAUUAUAGAAAUAAAUGUUUAUGGUCAAACUCCUGUUCCUAACUAUGUAAUCUCAACCACUCCUCUCUGUAGGAAUUUCCAUGUAUGGAAUGACUGUUGGAUGGCCAGGCAAGACCUUCCGCCUGGUAUGGGCGGCUGGCAGGCGUUAGACUCCACCCCCCAAGAGACCAGCCAGGGGACCUUCCGCUGUGGCCCUGCCUCUGUCACUGCCAUCCGCACCGGCCAGGUCUACCUCAAACACGACACACCAUUCAUCUUUGCUGAGGUGAGCACUAUGGAAGGAGAUGGUCGAAGAUCUAGGAUCAGUUACUCAGCUUAGCCAUCCAAAAUCUCGAAAUAGAAAGGGAAUGGCAAAACUGACCUUGGAUUACUUCCUAGGUUUUAUCAAAGAUUGUACACUUUCCCUAUUUCUCCAUAAAUUAACGAUGCUUAUCCUGCCUGUCUGUCUCCGUGUGUGUCUGGUCAGGUGAACAGUGAUAAGAUCUACUGGCAGAGGAAACUGGAUGGUACCUUCACUCAGAUCUGCAGUGAAAAGAAGGCCGUGGGCCACUUCAUCAGCACCAAAGCUGUGGGCUCUGACGAACGCGCUGACAUCACACACCUGUACAAACACACCGAAGGUACAGUCAUGUCAUAAUACACUUCAACAGACUAUCAGAUGGUAGCUUUGCAACCAUACACACACAUAAAAACACUAAGGUUGGGAUGGUUACAUCACUCACCUGUACGAAGACAGUAAUAUCAGAGAUCACCUCUGAGGCUCUGAGGAAACAUACUAUUAAACAUACUAUUAAUGUAUUAAUCAUGCAGACAUUGGGGAUAGAUAUUUACACACCAAAGUUUCCAGCAGAAUAACGUUUUUAGAUUGUAGAGCGGAGACCAAUCCUCUACUCUCUCCUUACCCCCUUCCCUCUCUCACCACUCUCCCCCAACCAGGAUCAGAGGAGGAGCGUAUCGCCGUGGAGACGGCCAGUCGUUAUGGCAGCAGGCCUGACGUGUACUCUACGCCCAUGGCGGAGGACGUGAGCGUGGAGGUGAAGAUGGAGGGGGAGGGGCCUCGUAUGGGGGCUGACGCCCAGCUGACCAUCGUGGUGACCAAUUUGAGCUCCCAGACCCGCAGGACCACGCUACACAGCCAGGUGGCAGUCAUGUACUACACCGGGGUGCUGAAGGCCACCUUCAAGAAGGACACGAUUCCUGUGGAGCUCAAGCCCAAUGAAGGUUAGUAAGCAAGGGGAGUGGGUGGAGGUGGAAUAUGUCCUUAACCCCUGCUACAGGGUUAGAUAUUUGUCAUACUCCUAGUGGUUAAGGUUAGGAUUGGGGUAGGGGUAGGGUAAUCUGAUCCUAGAUCUGGAGUUAAGGGCAACUUUAAUCUCAAGCCAACAGAGGCCAGCAGCUAGCCCCACUGCCACCAUUUCAGCUCAGUCACAGUAAUAUCAAAAAUAGUCUCUAUUUGCUGUCACCAACGUGCAUCCUCCAUCCUCUCAACUGGUCCCUGUAGAAUGUGUAGUAAUCUCUCUCUGUUCCUUUUCCUCAGUGAAGACCAUGGAGUGGGUCCUGCCCUACCAUAGCUACCAGGACCAGCUGGUGGACCAGGCUGCUCUGAUGCUGACUCUGUCUGGACGGGUCAGUGAGACCCAACAGGUCCUGGCCACUCAGACCAGCUUCAGGCUGCGCACACCCGACCUCAGCAUCGAGGUAAGACACAGGUUAUCACUAACACAAUCUGUUACUGGGAUUCAGGAUAUACCUUUUCCAUCUUUUGUAAAUUUGAUGGUCAAUAAAGCUGUUUAAAAUUUAAUUUCAAACAGUGUAGGCCCAUUUUUUUUUUUGCAAUGGUAUACAAUAUGUUGGUUAUGUUAAUUUUCCUCAGAUUUUUUUUUUUUCCUCAGUCUCUACUUGUACUGAAUAAAAAUAUAAACGCAACAUGCAACAAUUUCUAAUCUAUGGGUUUCACAUGACUGGGCAGGAUAUCACAUGACUGGGCAGGGGUGCAGGAGGGCAUAGGCCCACCCACUUGGUACACUGGCUCACCCACUUUACAUGUUGUGUUUAUAUUUUUGUUCAGGAUAGUAUCCCAAACCAAAUGCAAUGCCACAGAAAUGAAGUACUGAUGUCUUGACUCAGGACCAUCGCACAGACUGCAUACAGAUGUCAAUGCACAGAUAAACAGUAGCACUGAAAAGUAUUAUUGUGUUUGUUUCCUCAGGCUGUAGGGGAGGCGGUGGUAGGUAAGAAGAUGGCAGCCAACAUCACGUUCACCAACCCUCUGCCACGUACACUGAGGGGCGUGGUGUUCAGGGUGGAGGGGCUGGGGCUGGGGCUGGGCCUACAGAAGGUCCACAAGGUGGUUGUGGGGUAAGACACUGUAACCACCUCUAUUAGCUUGCUAUUACCCUGCUUUCUCCUCUUUUCUCUCUCUCUAUCUUUCACUUUAUCUUUGUAAAUUACUGUAAUGAUAUCCUCUCGAUCUCUCUCCGUAUGUAUAUUAACACCUCUGUUUCUCUCCGUCCGUCUCCCAGUUACUCUAAGUCAGGGAUGGGAAAAUGGCGGCCCGCGAGCCACAUGAACAAAGAUCAAUUUCCCUCCCCCAAGUUUAAAAAAAAUAAUUUGGGAAAUCAACUUGCGUUAGAAUAGUAGAAUACACAAUUUCGAAAUUUGGUUGUCCAUCAGCAGGUUUUCUCUUGUUAUGUCAGUCACUGACAGUCACUCAAUUAGCUCGUCAGCUAUUAUUUGUUGGGGGGUAAGUUAGUCUAGCCAGCUAUCUAAACUUGUAGUAAUCAUUGUGACUAUAAGGUUACUACGACUGGGGGGCCCCCAUUGAUUUUGUUAGUCACUCUCACUCAGAUAUCAUAUUAAAAACUGCAAACAUUUCUCUCUACCCUAUGACAAAAUGUGUAGAAUUGCAGGAAAUGAGCUUUAAAACUGCAAAUUUUUCUCUCUGACCCAUGGCAAAACGACUAGAAUUGCAUGAAAUUAGCUAUACAAUUGCUAAAUCUUCUCUCAGCCACAUGGCAAAAUUUAUAGAAUUGCAACAAACUUGCUUUAAAACUGCAACAUUUUCUCUACGUUCCAUGGCAAUGUGUAGAAUUGCAGGACAUUAAAGUUUUUCUCUCCGCUGUCAAGAGGGCGAGCCGCUAAAAUAUUUUGCUCGCAAAAUGUCACUUAGAGCUCUGACUGCAUGUGUGGGUAUGGAUGUUGUUACCCAGACCCUUGAGCCACUGCAGCCCCUCAUGAUGAGUUCACAUUUUUUGUGGCCCCCAUCAGAGUUGCUCAUCACUGCUUUAAGUAAUAACCCUCAUAUCUCUCUCCUCUCUCAAGUGAUGUUGGGAGCCACUCUACGGUGACUCGGACAGAACACUUCACACCCACCCAGGCUGGACCCAGGAAGCUGGUAGCAUCUCUGGACUGUAAACAGCUGACACAGGUGCACGGAAUCGCUGACAUCUUUGUCCAGGACCAA